AUGAGUGUGAUGGUAUCCUAUUCACAUUCUGACGCAACAUUUUGUAAAAGACUCGUUUCAAGUUUAAAAGAUAAAAUAGAUGAUAUAUGGGUCGAUUAUGAAAAACUUGAAUCAAACGAUUGUUGGGAAGAUAUUGCAAAUGCCAUUACACAAGCAAAACUUAUUAUCAUGAUUGUAACAGAACAUUAUUGUGCAUCAAAAUCAUGUCGGCGAGAAGCAAUUCACAUUGAUAAACGAGGCAAAAAUAUAAUACCAAUAUACCUUUCACCAAAGUAUAAACCCGAGGAGUGGUUAGAUAUUCGAAUUGGGAAUGCUACAUAUGUAAGAUUUAUCGGAGAUACAUAUGAUGAAUCACUAAGUAGACUAUUUGAAUUAAUUUUUAUUAAUGAACGAAAUUCUACCAAACGUAAGCCGAGUGAGUUUUAUCCUUCAAUAGAUGGAAGAAAGAGAUCAACAGUGAACGCGGAAGUAGCAUCAAAUACAUCUUACGGAAAUACGGUUGAUGAUAAACCAGUCGUGAUCGAAUCUGAACAACAAAUUCAACCGACAUCACAAUCAGCGCAGACACCUGACAGGAAAACACCAAAGUCAUCAAGGGGAAAUAUUCCAAGGAAAUUUCGGUUUCCAUCAAUAUCACCGCAUUUUUAUCAAAAAUCCAUCCAUGAUUGGACAUCGGACGAUGUAAAACAAUGGUUUCUUCAUGAAAAACUGUCUCUAGCUCUGUGCGAAUUAUACUCUUUCUCGAAUGGUGAUGCAUUGUUGACUUAUACAAAAUUAGUUUUAAAUGACAAGUCAAAACUGAGUCAAGAAUAUGAUACUAUAUCUAAACGUUUAGAUAAUGAUGCUUUUUAUCGUGAUCAUUUUGCAAAUUUUAUUAGUGCAGCUGAAAAUUUAAUGAGUCAGUUUGAUAAAAAGAAUAUGAUUAGAAACACUGAAUUACCAUCGUGCAUUGUGUCGUGA